AGUCCGCCGAACGGAAAAGGCGGAGUUGCAGCAACAUGAGGGAAAAUAAGAACAUGUCUGAGUCCCCGUCUCAAGCGGGAAAAGAAGUGCCGCUCAAGAAACACAAGCUAAGCAGUGAUGAGAACAGCAACCCGGAUUUGUCAGGGGAUGAGAACGAUGAUGCUGUCAGUGUUGAAAGUGGCACCAAUGCAGAACGCCCUGACACGCCCACCAACACCUCCAAUGCCCCAGGUAGGAAGAGCUGGGGCAAGGGCAAAUGGAAAUCCAAGAAGUGCAGAUACUCUUUUAAGUGCGUCAACAGCUUGCGGGAAGACCAUGGCCAGCCUCUCUUUGGAGUCCAGUUCAACUGGCACAGUAAGGAGGGAGACCCUUUGGUGUUCGCCACAGUCGGAAGCAACAGGGUUACUCUUUAUGAAUGUCACUCUCAAGGAGAAAUCCGACUCCUGCAGUCGUACGUCGACGCCGACGCAGAUGAGAACUUCUACACGUGCGCCUGGACCUACGACACCAACACCAGUCACCCCCUGCUGGCUGUUGCCGGCUCGCGGGGAAUCAUCCGUAUUAUCAACCACAUCACAAUGCAGUGCAUCAAGCACUACGUCGGUCACGGGAACGCAAUUAACGAGCUGAAAUUUCACCCGAGGGACCCAAAUCUUCUCUUGUCGGUCAGCAAAGACCACGCCCUUCGUCUGUGGAACAUCCAAACAGACACGUUAGUGGCCAUAUUUGGAGGAGUAGAAGGUCACCGAGAUGAAGUCCUGAGUGCUGAUUUUGAUCUCUUGGGUGAAAAAAUAAUGUCAUGCGGGAUGGACCACUCCCUCAAACUUUGGCGAAUUAACUCGGAGAGAAUGCAGAAGGCCAUCCGUGGAUCCUAUGAAUACAACCCUUCAAAGACCAACAGGCCUUUUGUGUCACAGAAAAUCCACUUUCCUGACUUCUCCACACGAGACAUCCACAGAAACUACGUGGACUGCGUGCGGUGGCUCGGCGACCUCAUUCUUUCGAAGUCGUGCGAAAAUGCCAUCGUGUGUUGGAAACCUGGAAAAAUGGAGGACGACAUCGAUCGCAUCAAACCCAACGAAUCAAACGUCACCAUUCUCGGACGCUUCGAUUACAGCCAGUGUGACAUCUGGUAUAUGCGCUUCUCAAUGGACUUUUGGCAGAAGAUGUUGGCCUUAGGUAAUCAGGUGGGUAAGCUCUACGUUUGGGACUUGGAAGUGGAGGAUCCACACAAAGCCAAGUCCACCACACUCACGCUCCCCAAAUGCACAUCGGCCAUUCGUCAAACCAGCUUCAGCCGCGACAGCAGCAUUUUGAUCGCCGUGUGCGACGACGCCUCCAUCUGGCGCUGGGACCGACAACGCUGAACUCUUCCCAGCCAAUUCAACGGCUCCUUUUUAGUUGUUCUUUGCCUUUCUUAUAUCAACUGUAAACAUUUUCUUCCAUUUCUAUGUGAUGUUUUAAAUUUUCCUGUUUUGUUGACGUCAUGUUCAAAUAGAGUACAUUUAAACUUAGGACACUUUGCGCAGUCCAAGUGUCCAAUUGGUUCCUCGGUCAUUUCCGGAAUCAUUAGGAGGCGUCAAACGUAUUCCGGUAAAAACCUUUUCAUUUUACUCUGUAGAGUUGUUGGAUUUGAGUGUACUGUAUUUGGACUUGAAUAAAAUUAUUUUUAUACACAA